AUGCCUAAAAGAAAGGCUUCCAACAGUAAAUCCCGGAUAGAAAAGAAUGAAACGCAAGAUGAGAGCGUUGCCAAUUCGAGUCAAGAGAUAGCUGAAGCGUAUGUUGUAGAAUCUUUUAUAAGAUAUCGAGUGGAAGCUAAAGAAGUCCAAUAUCUCAUUAAAUGGGAAGGAUAUUCUGAAAAGGAUAAUUCAUUUGAGAGAGAAAACAGAAUCAUUUUCUACACCGACAUCUUAGACUACUGGCUUAACAAAAAGAACUCUGAAGACUUAUCAGACAAGGAUCUUAAAAUCAUGCACGGAACAUUCUUAUACCAGACUUUGCAAUCAUCUUUCGGACGCUUCAUGUUCACUAAAACCGUACCAAUCAGAAACGAUAUCAUCGAUGAAAAUCCUGAAUGGGAUUUCAGAUACGCUCCUUGGUCUUACGAUCUUUCACAAGCCCUACAGGCGCACUACUCGAAUCAGCUCCGUCUAUUGAACGGAAUGUUCUCCGAUUUCCCCUUUUUCGAAAUGUAUAACGAGUUUGACUCUGCUAUGCCUCUUCCUCUGUCGCGAUACGCAUUUGAUGACUAUUUGUCACCAGGAGAUCGUCCACUCGAAUCUAAUUCAGACAAUAAAUAUCUUUUGAGCGAAGAGUGCCUAGAUGCUUAUGAGAGGGGUACACCUAUGCCAGUGAAUGAUCGCGAUACAUUCUCGAACAACUUGAUCAAAAAUGCAAAGCUUCGCAUCUUCUUCCAAACCAACCAUACUUUCCUACAGAGAAAGGAGCCUGUCCACAUGGUCAUUAUCAGACGAGAAGAGAGAAGAUGGGAGAUUAUUUCCAGAGGUCCUAUUAGUCCUGAUGUUCAGAUCAUGCCCAUUGGAGGAAAAGUCGUACGCAAAAGUGUAGCUAGUGAAGCUAUGGAUAAACACGGAGAGUUGAUUGCUUUCCCAUUCUUCGUAGCCUUAGACGAUGCUCAUUGCCUCGAUCGUAGAGAAAUAUCCGACUUCUCUCAAUACCUAGUUCAAUCAUGCGAUCCUAACUGUUUCGUAAAGCGCGAGUACAUUAACGGAAAAGCCAAACUAUUCGUUUACACUAGAAGAUCUAUCGUACCUGGAGAAACUCUAACACUGGACUGGUUUACCGCUUUCCCAACAGGAAAGUAUGGACAACACGAAUUGUUGGUGGACCAAUACGUAGACCAUGUAUUAUGCUCAUGCGGCACUAGAAAGUGUCGCAGUGUACUCUGGCAGAGAGUUACUAAGGGCAAACGAAAGUCUAUCCCAGUUGAGGAAUUCGGAGGAUUAAAGCUAGUAUGA